AUGGACUCACUGCCAACAGAAUUGUUCUCCCGAGUGGUGGACUACAUUAUUUCCGAUAGUCAUGCACGAAGACAUCCUCGUAUUUCCCUGGCCCCAUAUGCCACUGUGGACCGUCGCUGGCAGGCCAUCAUUGAAAGACGCACGUUUUCGGAUAUCUGCAUCAAAACUACUAAGCGAUUGGAAGAGUUUCAACGGCUAGUAUCUAGCACACACAGAAGAGCUUCUAUCCAAAGAAUUGCGUUGCUCGUGGAGCUAGAGUCAUACGAUGAGAAAGCGCGCGCCCGAUUCGAGACAGACGAGGAACGCCAACGAAACAACAAGAUCUUCACUACGACCAUCAGCACUCUUUUCAGAACCCUAUCAGGCUGUCAGAGAUAUGAGAGAUCUUACCUUGAAUUCUUAAGAACAACCACCGAUUCCGAGUGCCCGCCUGUCUCUGCGAUCGCCUCCCUCUCAAUCCAAGGACUCGGGAAAGAACGGCUGAUCGAGCCGGCGUCGAGUGUGUUUAUUGCGUCAAAGCUGCCGCGGUUGAACCGCGUGCGGCUGAUGAUGAAGGAUGACUGCAAGCGAGACGAACAAUUGAGACAAUGUCUUCGAAAUAACUUUGCUCGUAAUCUUCACUUGUUUCCUGCUAGUGUACGGAAACUAGGUCUACAAUUCCACUAUUUGCCUCCUAAGGAUCAGAACUACCCUCCUCCUGAUGUGACGGUGGAUGGAACAGACCUUUUAAGCUCGCACUUGCGGAACUUUUCUCAGCAACUAGAGAGUCUCUAUACCACCCAAUAUGUGAUUGGCCCAGAAUUGUUUUCGCCGUUUAGUCCGCAGGACGACGAUAUCAACCUGUUAUUCUGGCCAAAUCCGAUUAAUGUUUCUGUGGAGUAUCCGCAAAGUGGCUCUGUGAAAAGGGAGCCGGGGGAGGCUGUGGAUGAUGACACGGACGAUGCUUGCACCACUUUUUUUUUUUUCGGAGAUUAUGAGAACGAAUAUCCCGAAUACGUGCGGAUCCCUCUCGAGGAUCGCAAGAGAACCUACUUCCGAACAAAUAUCAUCGCCGGUUAUGUCGAUAGAUUUUACCUUUCGGUUGGUCGGGCGGCCCUCUGA